UCGACUAUCCGAAAGAUUUGCAGUACGUUGUCCGACAACGUCGCGAGCCUCACUUUCUUCCAUACCGCUUUCCAGCGUACAUACGUCAUCUAAUCGCCAUUAGAGCAAUUGUCGAUUUAGUGCGCGCACUUGUUGACGGUCAACAUGUCGGAAAGCAAGAAAUCGGAUAUCCUCUACCUGUUCGAUCGACCCGCGGAGCCGGUAUACGUGCCCAAGGGAGAAAACAAAGUCGCUUUCCAAGUACCAGCUAACUAUUUGCCUGAAAAUCGACAACAAAUGGCUCCAGAAGUAUUCAAUCGUUUCGCCGGGGCUACCGAGUUGAAAGUUCCGGUGAAACAGAUCAGUCUACCAGACUUGAGCAUUCCUCUCCAGCUUGGACGUCGAGAACCCUUCUCUCUUUUUAUCCCUAAGCAUCGAAAAAUAGCCGCGCGACUCAUCGACAUCUUCUUGGGUAUGCGAACCUAUGAUGACUUCCUUUCGGUGUCGGUUUACUGUCGCGACCGCGUUAAUCCUGAGCUGUUCGUUUACGCGCUCUCGGUGGCGAUUCUGCACCGUCCCGAUACCAAGGAUCUACCAAUACCACCGCUGUCGGAAAUUUUCCCGGACAAGUAUAUCGACAGCGGCGUAUUUGCCCGAGCAAGGGAGGAAGCCAACGUUGCACCGGAAGGCUCCAGGCUGCCUAUUGAAAUUCCGCGGGAUUACACAGCAUCGGAUCUCGACGAAGAGCAUCGCGUGGCUUACUGGCGGGAAGAUAUCGGGCUCAAUCUUCAUCACUGGCACUGGCAUUUGGUCUAUCCAUUUGAGACCGACAUCAGGAUUGUUAACAAGGAUCGGCGUGGCGAGCUAUUCUACUAUAUGCAUCAUCAGAUCCAAGCCAGAUACAAUAUCGAACGUCUGUGCAACCGAUUGGGUCGAGUGAAGCGCUUCCACAAUUGGCGCGAGCCGAUCCCGGAGGGUUACUUCCCCAAGCUGGACUCGUUGGUGGCGAGUCGCACUUGGCCCGCCCGUCCCGCCGGCGCCGUUCUCAAGNNNNUCAACCGUCCCGUCGAUCAACUGAACUUUGACCUUCAGGACCUGGAGAGAUGGCGCGAUCGCAUUUACGAGGCCAUUCAUACCGGCGCUUAUAUCAACCCCCGCGGUGAAAGGGUGCCUUUGACCGAGUUUGGUGGCGUAGAUGUGCUUGGUAACAUUAUGGAGGCUAGCAUCCUAUCACCUAACCAGAAUGUCUAUGGGGAUCUUCACAAUCUUGGUCACGUUGCCAUUUCUUACUGCCACGAUCCCGAUCAUCGUUAUUUGGAAACUUUCAGCAUCAUGGGUGAACCGGCCACCGCUAUGAGAGAUCCCAUCUUCUACAGAUACCACGCUUUCGUCGACGAUGUGUUCCUGGAGCACAAGAAUACACUUCCCGAGUACACCCUACAGCAGUUAAACUUCCCCAAUGUGGAAAUCACGGACGCAAGAGUGCAGACACCGAAUCAAUCGCCGAAUCUGAUCUCGACUUUCUGGACCAAGAGCGACGUCGAUCUGUCUCGUGGCUUGGAUUUCACGCCGCGUGGCCCCGUUCUCGCCAGAUUCACUCAUCUGAAUCACGCUGAGUUUACAUACAGAAUCGUCGCCAACAAUCGCAAUAACGCGGCACGCCGAGGAACCGUUCGUAUAUUCAUGGCGCCUAGACAGGACGAACGCGGAUUGCCUUAUGUAUUUAGAGACCAGAAGGAGCUCAUGAUUGAAAUGGACAAGUUCACUGUAUUGUUGAAACCGGGACAGAACACUAUCGAACGUAGAUCAACGGAGUCCUCAGUAACUAUACCGUUCGAGAGAACGUUCCGCAAUCUCGAAGAGAACAGACCAAUCGGCGGCGAUAGUCUCGACCAGUUCAACUUCUGCGGGUGCGGCUGGCCGCAGCACAUGCUGGUACCUAAGGGGAAGGAGGAAGGAUUCCCGAUGGACCUCUUCAUCAUGAUAUCCGAUUACACCGGUGACGCGGUGGAGCAGGAUGAAUCGCUUGGAUGCAAGGACGCGGCGAGCUACUGCGGCCUGCGGGACCGCAAGUAUCCGGACGCGCGACCGAUGGGCUAUCCAUUCGAUCGUCGAGCCCGCACCGGCGUUGAGACCCUGGCCCAAUUUCUGACCGGUAACAUGGCAGUUGCGCAGAUCACAAUUCGUCACACGGACACGGUGCAGCCGCAAACGCGAUCCGGAAGCAUGAGCAACACCCUUACCUUCGCCUGAAUCUGAUGACUGACCCGAUCAUAACGCCGGGCCGUUCGCGCAUUUCCGCGGAGGAGAAUUUCAGCCAGUCCCGCGCCGCAUGCUCACGAUCCUUGCAAUAUCCGUUGGAGAAUCGCGCGGAGGGUGCGACACGGUCCAAUCAAGUCUAUAUCCUUGGAUGACGAACGCCGUAAUAGCUGGCGGCGGGGCGGGAGACGGGCAAAAAUCAGAAUUGGGCUAUUUCUAUAUUUCAAUGACGAAAGAUUAUCCGAGAGACUUUUCCGUUGCGCAGGAAUGCACAAUUUUAUACGAGUAAUUGCUAAAACUCCCAUGUGAAAUUACUAUCGAUUCUCGCUGUUCCGUACUUUACUCCAUAUUUUUAAUCAUUUUACAGAUUUCUUUAACAUUUACCUAUGUUUCUUUUAAGGAUAUUUUAGUAACCACUUAUAUAAAUAUGAGUUAAUUGGUAGUACUUAAGUAUGCUUUAAUUUAAUUUUGUGAAUUGUUUAUUGUAAAUUUGUAAAUCACGUUGAAGUUUUUCUUGGAGAAUUUUAUAGAGAUUUCUAUAUUUACGAUUUCGCAAUUCGCGUGAGUAAUAAGUACCACUUAACAAAUGUAUUUUUGCGUAAAAACAAGGACAAAGACGUGUCUUGAACGCCCAAGCGAAGCUUUUCUCGUCUCCUUUCUCUCGUUUCACCCGCAUUACGGGAACUAGAUUGUAGGAAGCAGCAAAUGUAAAAAAGCAAAAAAAAAAUAAAAAUAAAGUCAGACUAUGCAAAUUA